AACAGAGAAUCUUCUCACUGCCAUUCAGCAGAAUUCACAUCUCCUGCCAACAUGUCCUACAGCUGCUGCUCUGGAAACUUCUCCUCCCGCUCCCUUGGGGGCUACUUGCGCUACCCGGGCUCCUCCUGCGGCUCUUACCCCAGCAACCUGGUCUACCGCACCUGCCAGCUGGGCUCCUCCCUCUCCAGUGGCUGUCAGGAGACCUGCUGUGAGCCCACCAGCUGCCAGACAUCCUGUGUGGUGUCCAGCCCCAGCCAGACGUCCUGCUACCGCCCAAGGACCUCCACGCUCUGCAGUCCCUGCUGGACGGCUUACCCUGGGUCUGUGGGCAUUGGGUCCAGCAGCUGCCGUUCCCUGGGCUAUGGAUCCAGAAGCUGCUACUCCCUGGGUUGUGGAUCCCUGGGCAUCAGACCCCUCAGUUUUAGAGUCUAUGGCUUCCCUUCCCUGAGUUAUGGAUCCAGAUUCUGCCACCCAACCUACUUCACCACCACUAGGAGCUGCCAGUCAUUGUGUUACAGGCCUCCCUGUGGACCUAGCUUCUAUAGUUCAACUUGUUGAGGGUCCAGAUGUCUUUGAGUAUUGAUCUCAAAGUCUCUACUCAGUACAGCCAUUGUUUUCAUUUCCACCAAUUACUACUAUUCUUUUAUUCCUUAUCAUCAGUUUCUUGUA